GGGGCUGAGCAUGUGGGGAGGUUGUUUACACCAGCCCGGCCCCGGGAGCUUUAACCCGGCCGGCGGCGAGGCGAGGCGCGGAGCGGGGCUCCCUGGGACGCUCUUCUCCGAGAUGGCCAGCGUGCUGUCCAGGCGCCUGGGGAAGCGCUCCCUGCUCGGCACCCGUGUCUCUGCCCCCAGCACCUUGGCUGAGGGGGUGCUAGUGCCCCCCCAGAUCUCCAGCUUGCAGACUGACCUCAGCCAGCUCCCUGCCCACCCAGAGGAUGGACUCUGCAUGCCAGCAGUGGAGGAGAGCAGCCAGGCACCCAGGGUCCCCAGCCCCAGCCACCGGCAGCUCUGUGCCGGGCAGCAGGUCCUUGUCACCUACAACGGGCAGGAGUGCCCGGGCCUGAUGGAGCAGCACAACCCCCUGGGUGACAAGGUGAAGGUGCUGCUGCCUGAGCAGGGUUUGCAGGCCUGCUGGAGGGUGCAGGAUGUGCCCCAGACCCCAGCCCUGCCCUCUCCUGGUGGUCCUGGCCCUGCCGAGGUGCUGCAGAGAUCUGUGUCCAGCAGCAUCGAUGUACCCAAGAGGAAAGCUGAUGCUGCUGUGGAGAUGGAUGAGAUGGUGGCAGCCAUGGUGCUGACCAGCCUCUCCUGCAGCCCCGUGGUGCAGAGCCCUCCUGCCACUGAGAGCAGCAUCCCCCCCUCCCGGGCAGCCUGUGAUCCCUGGAAGGAAAGCGGUGAUGUCUCGGACAGUGGCAGCAGCACCACCAGUGGGCACUGGAGUGGUGGCAGUGACAUCUCCACCCCCUCACCCCCCCACCCUGCUGGCAGCCCCAAAUACUCCAGUGAGGCCUUGAGCUCCCCCCAGGCUGACGACGGCUUCGAGACCGACUCCGACCCCUUUCUCCUUGACGAACCCGCCCCACGCAAGAGGAAGAACUCUGUGAAGGUGAUGUACAAGUGCCUGUGGCCGAGCUGCGGCAAGGUCCUGCGCUCCAUCGUCGGCAUCAAGAGGCACGUCAAGACCCAGCACCUGGGGGACAGUGCAGACUCUGACCAGCGGAAGCGGGAGGAGGAUUUCUACUACACUGAAGUGCAGGUGAAGGAAGAGCCAGCACCAGAGGUGGCCCCUGCCACCAGCCCCACAUCUGUCUCUGCCCCCAUCAUCAUCCAGCAAGCCCUGGCCAAGCCUGAGCCUCUACUGCUGGAGCAAGCAAUGCCAGAGCCUGCCCUGGCCAGCAGCACCCUGAGCCAGUCUGCCCCCAGCUCCUUCUGGCACAUCCAGGCUGAUCAUGCCUACCAGGCCUUGCCCUCGAUCCAAAUUCCAGUGUCCCCCCACAUCUUCACCAGCAUCAGCUGGGCCACUGCCACCUCGACUCUCCCCUCCCUGUCACCGGUGCGAAGCCGGUCGCUCAGCUUCAGUGAACCCCAAGCACCCACUUCCAUGCUCAAAUCCCACCUGAUCGUUGCCUCACCACCCAGGGUGUCCAUCAGCACCAGGAAGGUCCGUGGGGAAGCCAAGAAGUGCCGUAAGGUUUACGGCAUCGAGCACCGGGACCAGUGGUGCACAGCUUGCCGGUGGAAAAAAGCCUGCCAGCGUUUCCUGGACUGAGCCUGGCACCCUGGUGCCACCUCCCCUCCCCUGCUCCUACCCCGGGGAGCACCCAAGUCCCUCACUGCUGCAACCAGGGACCUUGGAGGUACCUCCUGUGGCCCCCAGAAGACACCUCCAGAGCUGCGUGUAAAUUCCUCCUCCCGUACAUUGUGCAUCUGCUGGGUUUGCUCUUCAAACAAAAACCUUUUUUUU